GUCUCCCGCCUUUUUUCUUGGGAGGACUUGGUGGUGGGGAAACAUUUCUCUCCCCCUUGCAUCGUUUUAGGGAUAAAGAGGGACGCUGGAGGGAAAAAAGUGGCGAAAGCUAGACGGGGAGAGAAGUAGGAGGACGGAAGCCGAGAAAUAAAGCCCUGUUGAAUUAAAGGGACGGUUUCGUGGUUGUAAACCCCAGAGUGUGAAGCAUGCUGACCACCAAGCUGUUGACUCUGGUUCUCGUGGUGCAGCCACAGCGUGUCUUGCUGGGGAUGAAGAAGCGUGGCUUCGGCGUAGGUCUCUGGAAUGGAUUUGGAGGGAAGGUGCAACCAGGGGAAACCAUUGAGCAGGCGGCUAGAAGGGAGCUACAGGAAGAGAGCGGACUGACGGUGGACACUCUGCACAAGGUGGGCCUGAUCACUUUCGAAUUUGUGGGCGACACGGAGCUGCUGGAAGUCCAUAUCUUCCGUGCUGACAGUUUCAGAGGAGAACCCACAGAGAGUGAGGAAAUGCGCCCCCAGUGGUUUGAGCUUGACCAGGUGCCCUUCAAGAACAUGUGGCCAGAUGAUGUCUACUGGUUCCCCCUUCUGCUGCAGAAGAAGUUGUUCCGUGGGUACUUCAAGUUCCAGGGACAGGACACGAUCUUAGAAUACACCCUCAAAGAGGUGGAGAAGAUAUAAGAGAGGCCAAGCCCAGGAGCCAUCCUGCCCAAGGGUUAACGCAUAGCCCACAUUGGGGGAAAGAGACGAAACAUUUGAACUUCAUGAAAAGUCUUGGUCAAAAGACUUUUCCUGUAGCAAGAGAAAACAAUUCUGUAACAAGUGGUUGGUGGACAGAAAACCUGUGGAACCUUGUAGAAUAAAGGAAACCCUUUUCAUCACAUGUUGAUGAAUGCUUACUGUGAACGCUUUGGACUGAGCACCCUGUAACCCGUGAUUCUGUACUAGCUCGGAGGCGGACUCCCUUGUUCCUGUAGGUAUUAUUAUCCCCCUUGUGUUAUGUACAGCUCAGCCUUUCUUUUAAUUCGAGCAAAAGUUACGGGCAGUAGCCUUGCAUCCUGAACCUGAAGUAUUUCUGUGUUUUACGUAUCAUAAAGACCAAAGUGCAAUAUCAUGAUGUCAGUGGUGGGGGUUUUUUGCCAGUUUUAGCUUAGAUUAAAAGAAAGCUUGCAUUUUGCUACAUCUGUGGGAUAGAUCAGAGGCCUGUGCUUUGCCUGCAGACGGUUCCAGGUUUGAUGCCCGGCUUCUCCGAAUAUUGCAGGGGAAAACGUUUGCCUGAAGCCUUAGAGAACUGCUCCCAGUGAGUGAGGCUGGAUCCACUCCCAUUUGGAGUAAAUCCAGUUAAGUCAAGCAGUACCGGUUGUUUGUAGAACACACUGUAAAGAAGGAACGGCCGUGUAUUGUUUUUAGAAAAACUGUAACAAGUAAUGGGAAAAAAUACUUUUAACAAACCCACUUCUCAAAUAUGGCUUCCAAGUGAGUAUAAGACUGCAAUCUGAAGAACGCGAGAUCACCAUUUCUGGGUGGAAAGAUGGGACGCUAUGGAGUAUCUUGAACAGAACUUAGAAAUACUUGAAAAUUUGGGAGACCAGCCAGUACAGUUCCAGUCAUUCAUAGACACAACAUUCAGAAAAUAAAUAACACAUAUUCAACUGAAGAAUGUUACCUUUUAUAUAUAUAUAU